AUGGCGUCACAGAAGCAAGCGCCAUCUGAUCCCACCGAACAACAACUAUUAAUAGCACCGGCGAAAAAAACAAGGAAAACGGAGAAAGAUGCAGUCAGCAACGGAUCAGGUUGCAGUCAGCCGCUGCUCCUUUCCCGAUGCUUCCGCCGCUCCCUCUCCUCUUCUCCCCAUGACAUCACCGCCCGCCUACUCGCCCGCUGCCGCCGCCCUAUCCUCUCAUGCUGUGAACGACGGCACCAUGGCGGAAGCAGGGGUGGAGGAGUGAAGACAAGGGUGAAGACGAAAAUUUCCAAAUAUAUAUAUACCUUUUUCAUACGCAAAAACGGCUAUCUUGGAAAUAGGCAGAUGUUUCAAAUAAAUCUCUUUUAA